AGGUCGUAUCAGCUGAUUCGGGCUGCGGUUUUGCGGAAUUCGCUGAUUGCGCUCUUAACAUUAACGCGUUAUACUUCAUCCUAUUUAUAAAAGAAAAAUACAAUUAGAUGUUUAUAAGAAUUUUAUGAAGGUGCUAUGUUUGUAUUAAGAUCAAAUACAUAACUUUGAAAAAAAAACUUUGCUUUUGCAUAUAGACAUAAAGGCUUUAUUGGUUUUUUAUAUUCAUUCAACGCCAAAAUAAUCAGUUUUGUGUGUUUUUCUUAAUAUUCUUAUAUCGUGAAUACCCUUAAAAUAGUUGUAUUUGUUAUCAUUGGCGCGAUUUGAUAGUGAACAAAUAGUACGGUGGGUAUGUUUUCAUAUCGUCACGUUUUCUCACUAUUGCAUUUAGAGACAAAAGACAACUGUGAACAUGGCAGGGGAUAAAACACAAGAGAAAGCACCAGCGAUACACAAAAUUUCAUUAUCAAUUCGGGAUGGUAUUGAAAUUCGUGCAAUACAAGUAUGUCAUCGUGACAAAGUACUAGAAUUCCUACGAUCACAUUACUAUCUGGAAGAGCCUUUGACAAUCGGAAGUGAUCCAAAAGAACAAGAUCCGGAGGAUGAAAAAUUUAACAUGUCACAGAUAUCUCACGGGACUUGUUUAAUGGCAUUGAAUGAGGAACGGAUUGUUGGAGUUUUAAUUUCCGGGCCAAAGAGUAGUAACGAAGCCGAUCAUUUAUUCGAAGAUGCCGAACGAUUCGGACCCACUAAAUGGGGUACUGCUUUAAAAAUCUUAGCAUGCGCUGAAAGAGACUCCAAUGUCUAUGUACGAUACAACGUUUUGAAAGCAUUGCAUAUUCAUAUAUUAGCUGUAGACGCAAAACUACGCGGGCGUGCGAUCGGCGCAAGUCUGAUAGAAGAGAUAAAAAAGCUUGGUCGCCAAUUGCUUUAUCCACUGUUGACUUUGGACUGCACCAGUUAUUAUUCAGCAAAACUCUGCGAGCGUCUACACAUGGAUCUUGUGAAUGUUAUAAAAUAUGAAGAUUAUCUGGAUAAAGAAGGCAAACCUAUUUUCAAACCUCCGCCUCCUCACCAAUUCCUUAAAACAUUUGCAACAAGAUUAUGAAUAUUUAAAAUAAUAGUAUACAGCAGAAAUAAAAAUUGAUUUGAUGUAUCACA